GGUGUUUCUAUUCGGUGAUCAACACUGAACACACAGGACUCGCCAUGGAGUUUGGACUGAGCUGGGUUUUCCUUGUUGCUAUUUUCAAAGGUGUCCAGUGUGAGGUGCAGCUGGUGGAGUCUGGGGGAGGCUCGGUACAGCCCGGGGCGUCCCUGAGACUCUCCUGUGCAGCCUCUGGAUUCACCUUCAGUAGCACCAGGAUGAACUGGAUCCGACAGGCUCCAGGGAAGAAGCUGGAGUGGGUGGCUGACAUAAAGUAUGAUGGAAGUGAGAAAUACUAUGUAGACUCUGUGAAGGGCCGAUUCACCAUCUCCAGAGACAAUGCCAAAAACUCCCUCUACCUGCAAAUGAACAGCCUGAGAGCUGAGGACACAGCCGUGUAUUACUGUGUGAGAGACACAGUGAGGGGAGGUCAGUGUGAGCCCAGACACAAACCUCCCUGCAGGGGUGUAUGGAACCACCAGGGGGUGCUCAGGAUACACAGAGGGCAGGUGCAGCCCCAGGGCAGGUGCAGCCCCAGGGCAGCCAGCGCUUCCUGCUGGAGCUGGAUCCGCCAGUCCUCAGUCAAGGGAGUGGAUCGGGGCAUAGGUCACGAGGGAGCACAAAUUCUAACCCACUCCUCACGAGCUCAGUCACCAUCUCCAGAUCCGUGUCCAAGUGUCCAGUGUGAGGCGCAGCUCACAGAGUCUGGGGGAGACUUGGUACAGCUUAGAGGGGUCCCUGAGGCUCUCCUGUGCAUCCUCUUGAUUCACGUUCGGUAG